GAUGUAUGGACUGUUGUUUAUGUAUGGCCAGGCUGUGUAAAUCGUGGGAGACUUUGAGCUGAUAUGCAGUGGAACGUGAAUGAACAGGUGAACCCAUAUAAGGUGGCUUAACAGCGUGUGAGGUUUAGCAACAGAAAAUAAGUAUGUGAGUAGCCGCCCCCUCCUCGGGAUUAGCUUUGCUAUACAUAUAAGUAGGACAAUUACCAUUUUUGUAAUGGUCAGAAACAGUGGUUAUAUAGAGGCUGGCGAAACCCUCAAAUAGGUAACAGUUCUCACGCCUGGAAUCUUCAAUUUUACUUCCUUCUUUUAUCUCUAAAAAAGAUCAAAAGGACAGACGCUUCGCAAUUUUGAGAUCACGAUCAUAUGGAUGAAAAUAUGCCACAUCCACCGGGUAGUGCUUAUGUGUCUGGCUGCCUAAAUCAUAAUGGCAACAAUAAUGUACGUGCGGAACUCGUUGCAUCAUCAAGAUCACUAACAGCGGCACAUCAUCAAGCGCCUGUUUUUGAAAUAUCAUCCAGAGCCUUUUUAGCACCAACUCCCUUGGACCUACCUAAAUGGCCAACGGGUCCUCAAGCUGCAACUUCUUCCUCGCUAGCUACUAUAUUUGAUUCAUUAUUAGAUGUAAUAUUCUUAGCCUUGUCUACGUUGUUUCUUCUCUUUGGACUUAGAAUUUACCACGAGGAUCAAGUUCCUAUCGCCAAGUUCCCGCGCGAGACAGCGGCUCUUCUCGAAGCGGCUAAAUAUGGUCCAACUGUAUUUCCCAUUCUCUUUGCUUCUGUCAUCGCUCGUGCCACCCAUGCAAUAUUAAUCUGGCGCUUGGAAAAAGGAGAGGAUAUUGGUGUACUCGACGUGCUUGCAGGUAGCACUUCACUGGCCAGCACCGUCAUCUCGCAGUUGAAGUUACGUAUUUUCAGCUUCGUUGGGAUACCGUUGAUAGUCAUUUGGGCAUUGUCACCAAUCGGCGGCCAAGCUUCUUUCGGGCAACUGACCAUAAGUAAGAAAAUGCUUCUCGAUUCGACGCAAUCAUAUUAUAUGAUUUCAACUGGCAGUAUGCCUUUCCUGCAGUUUCUCCCAAUUAUAUCGUGGUUUUCUAUCGUGAACGCAAUAUUCAUGUCAUCCGUCAUGGGUCCGCCAACCACCAAAUCUAGUCCUUCUGAUAUAUGGGGUAAUGUCAAGAUUCCUUAUAUCGAGAGGUAUGAAAAUGGCUCAACGCCUGACAGCAAAGGAUGGUUUUCAGUCAACUCUACCAACAGCAUAUAUUCAUCACUGGUAGGAGUACCAAUUUCUGGUCUAGAUUCCUCAUUUGCCGACUCAACGUACACUAUGAACUUAGAAUCAACAUACCUAUACCUUAAAUGUCCAGUGCUAUACGACUCAUCCCAGAGGACACCUGAUAAUGUAGCGCGCUUUGUCAACAAAGGACCGGACGACAAUGUUCCUUACCGAGGACUUCUCGGCCUUUACCUAAUGGCGUCGAUCCAAUCGGGGCAACGGGGAGCGGCGCUUCAAUUUGGUCCUUUGACAAUAAUACUGAGAGAGUCAAUCUAGAUCCGACUUCUCUUACGAACGUUCACUUAUCUUUCAUGGGGACCCACCGCUGGUUCCAACUGCACCAUCACAUCUACAUACGUUGAAGUAGUCGUUACAUGUCGCUCAUCAUCAACCUGUACGAUCACCAAAAUACGCCGCUCCAGACUCUCAAAUCCGCCUGCCGCUUACUCGCUUCUCGAAACUAAGAUGAAGCCGUUUCCCAACCCAUAUGGAGGGAACAACAACUGGUGGCUGUUCUCUGCCAAUUUCGUCAACUCAAUAAAUGACUACGGAGCAUCCGACACUACUGUCGUUCAAGGCUACCUUCUAAACCCGGACAAUCCUCUGUCAUCUUCCAUGGGCAUCAAUGGAGUGCGUAAUGACAAAUCGACUGUAACCAACGAUUUCUAUGCAGAACGUCUUGGUCAACUAAUGAACACUUACUGGACUUGUAUGAAUGGAUUGCAUGCGAUUUCCGGUGGUAUGACUACAGCAACUGCUUUCAUGCCAGGUGCAAACUUGAGUGACGAGAACGUUGUCCGGGUCAACUCCUCCUCGACCAAUGUCGUCCAUAGCAGAAGUAUUGAAGUGAUCCAAUGCCAAAUCGUUUGGAUGAUAGCUCUAUUAGCCACAUCUACGGUUCUCAUUUUAGCUUCUCUGGUGAACCCCAUCAUCAGAUAUUUCCUCGCCAAAGUCCCGGACAUUGAUUUGAAUAUUAGUAGUUUGGCAACAAGGAAUAAUCCAUACAUAACGCUACCUCCCAAUGGGACAUCUCUAGGCGCAUCAGAGAGAUCAAGGUUGUUGAAAGAUGUGAGAGUUAUGUUUGGGGAUGUGAAUGGCACUAGAGAAAUAGGGAAGUUGGCGAUAGCUACUUGCGAAAAUGGGAGGCUGUAUAGAUGAUCUGAAGUAAAAAUAAUCCUUGCUUUUUUUUAUUCAUUGUAAUUCAGAAGGCUGAGUGCUGGAGCUAUAUGAGAAUCGUGAAAGAACUGAGCUUGAAAUAUAUCUAGCAAAUCCCUAAGUUUUGACGGAUGAGAAAUGUGGGAAAAGGUCGUAGGAAACUUCCCUCUCUUAUGGGAGCUUCAAGGAUUAAGUAAAUAGUACAAAGAUGAUUGUAUAGGCAAAUUUCAUAGUGGGAUGUGAUCUAGUUGGCCUUUCUCUGGUGCAUGUAUAUAAUAUCAAGACAGGGUUUACUCGACAAAGAUUGUAAUAUUCAGAACCUCUCAUGCGGCUCAUCUUAAUUGUGGCAUACCAAAUUGACUUCGAUUCCUUUCUAAGAUGAACUAAAGAUCA